ACCUAGACGGUGGUUGCCCUUCGGUUGGGCGGAGGGGUUCGGUUCCUCGACUCUGGAGACAGGAGCGCCUGAGCGGACCCCACCUGCCCGCCUUCUCAGCAGGCCAGCCAGGCGAUGCUACCUGCCUGGGUAAGCAGCAGCAGUAGCAGCAGCACCUGUUGCCAGCAGCUCUUUCAGCAAAUCGCUGGAAGGCAGCGCAGAGAGCGACCCGAGAAGAGAAUGGACGGAGGCGGCGGCGGCGGCGGCGGAGCUCUUCUGAAGAGCGGGUUCUGACUUUUAAAGCAAAAGGCCGGGAGGGGGGCGCUGCGCAGGAACUGCUGGCUGGCCGGAGUUUGUGUUUAAGCUGCGAGUAAGAGCCGGACGCUCUUGGAGCUGCAGGAGGGGCCUCGGGGUUCAGCCGAGCUCCCUUCGGGGCUGGCCGAGGAACUUGGCGAAGAUCGUUGCGGAGACCAGCAAUGCCGAGAAAAAGGCAGAAUGUGUCUCUGGCUACUGGUUUGCCCAGCUGAUAUCGGACUUCAUCCCUGGGCGAGGGUUACUUGGCGCUGCCGGAAGAUGCCGAGCACACAUUGUCCCCGUUUGAAGUGUUCCAGGGUGCGUCUUUCAAAGCCAUCUUAGGUCUUGGAGUGGGUGUGGGGGCUGAUGGACGGCAUAAACAGGCUUUGGUCCGGGUGGGAGCAUUCGCCUUGGAAGAUCCUCCUCCACGUGCGGAGUAAAGGGUUAAGAUGCACUCUUUGGUGGGCCUCCUUAUAGGAAGCCCUUCUGCAAUUACUACAGGGAGGUAGCUCUAAAGUGGGUUAGAAGCAAAGGGGCAACUGGAUAAUCACCAUAGACUCUGUGGAAUGCAGGAUCAUCAACCCUGAAGUUCUAACCUGAAAGGCUGCUGUCCAGGUUACUUGGUCCCAGUCGUUCCCCCCCACCCCAAAAGAAAGAAGGGAGGAGCCUGGCUAUUCCAUUGUAUUCAGGAGCAAAUAGCAUCAAAAUGCUUCAGGAAUAUUCAUCAACAUUUAUAGGAGUAUAUCAGUUCACGAUAUGUUAUCAGAGAGGGGGAGAGAAAAUGCAGGGCUAACAGGAUGUUCUUGUGGCGGAUCAAACACAGUGACUGAAAAGGUUGACUUACUCUUCGAAUAUUGACGCAAGCCACAGAUCAGAUUCCUCCCUUGAGCUGUUGCUUCUCUGACUUUUGUUUCCCCUUUUGACAUAUGGAGAAGACUUCUUGUUUCAGAGCCCUUCCUGUUUGAAUUUUGCUCAGGUGCUUCAUGUACUUACAGACUACGCGACCGAACCAGCUGCUCUGAGCUUCAAUGACUGAACUGUUUAUUGGCAUGGACUUCCCUAUGAACUGGUCGUUUCUGAGCCAAGCGUCCUGGAAAACUGCUAGCGUGUGUAGAGCCUCUUCAAUGGCGCUUUGAAAGUGGAGCUCCCUAGCUGGCUUCUGUCUGUUUUGCCCUGUGAAGGGAAGAGAGCCUGAUCGAUGUUGGGAAACAGCAGCAGCAACAGGAAUGCCAAUAGUACAGACUGCAGACUGGCCUUUGCUGGAGUGGUCUGCCAGCUGCUCUUCAUGCUCCUCCUGAUCAUUGCCAUCACUCUUGGAAACUUGGUGAGUCUCCUGGUUUUCUUCUGUGUAAGGCAAUUCCGGACACCCCAAAGUUACCUAAAAGCCUCUUUGGCACUUGCUGAUUUGGCUGUGGGGCUCAUUGUAGUACCUUACUCAGUUUAUCAGGAGACGAACACGUUGGCCUACGGGAUGGAGCAAGAAGAGAGUCCAGCUGGCUGGUCGGUCUGUUUGAUCACUGGCCCUAUCUUUGCCGGGUGCACUUUCGUCUCAAUCAGCACCAUAUUUCUGCUUUCGGUGGAGAGGACCAUCACUGUGCUGAAGCCCUUGCACAGGAAAGCUGUGAUUACCAAGCGCAGGGUCACUUGGCUCAUUCUUGGAUCCUGGAUACUGAGUUUCUCCUUGGCUGUGAUACCUCUGCUCUCGGUUCCCAAUAUCACCUUUGAGUACAAUUCCUGCAGUAAGAUGUGCAACUAUGGCUUUCCUCCGGACAAGUUGCCAGAGUCCAACUGGAACGUCAUGCUCCUGUACCCAGUAUUUGACUUCACUCUCUUAGGUGGCACUUUUGUUGUCAACAUCAUCACCUUUGCCACUCUCCGGCAGUACCACAAAAUGAGGAAGCAACUGAGGGAAGAGCCACAGGGAACCCACUGGCUCUCUUACUCAGAUGUCAUUGCUGCCAGGACCAUUGGCAUCCUGACCUUUGCAUUCUCCGUGUCUUUCAUUCCCAUUGCUGUAUUUGUUGUGGGCACAGUGGUAGGAUAUGAAUGGUGCCAAUUCUCCUUCUAUGCUUUCUGGAUCCUUGCUUCCAACAGCUGUUGGAAUGUGGCUAUCUACAGUGUUUGGGACCCCAAAUUCCGGCAAGGGAUGCGGGAAAUGUUCUGCAAGCAAAUGCUAAAAGCCGAUUCCCAGCAGCAUUCCAGUCACUCACUGGAGGGGCACCGUUCUGCCCCUGCUUGUGUGGUUGUCCUCAAGGAGAUGCUGCGUCCAGAGUCCAACUAGUGGCAGAAUUUUCCUCUUCAUCUAUUGCAGCUUAAUGGAAUGCCUCCCCCCACCCUCUAAAGUAUGUACUUUCUUAGUGCCAGAUUUUUCUUUCCAUUCAUUGGAUUGGAGCCUCUUGACCUUUGUAUAGCAAAUGUAGAACGAAUUUAUGAGGAUGCAUUUCAGAGUGUUGGAAGCACAUUGCACUUUUAAAAACUGCUGCUAGAUAAAUACCUUAAUACAGAGCAGCUAUUUAUUAGUGAUUCCUGAUCUAUAUAAAAAUAUCCCAGUUUUGAUUUAUAGGAAGGAAAUGAAGAAGAAGAAAAAGAGAGAGAGAGAGAGAAAGAAAAAGAAGAAACCUUCAAAUACAUCACAUAACGAAUGUGUGAAUCUCUAGGCAUGAUGAGGGCUAAAAUAAUAUGUUCUGUGUUCUAUCUUGCAAAACUAAUCCUAUGUAAUGUAUUAUAUUGUACAGUUGAAAAGCAAUGACCUUUUAAUUAUUGUCAAUCUCAAAUAUUGUUAUAAUACUCAGUAUAUAUUCUACAGCAUUUAUUCAGAAAUGUAUUUGCACAAAAAUUGCCUUUUUAAAAAUGGUAAAAUGGAACUUUUGUUGACAUUGAUUUUUUGCAUAUUUAUUUAUAUUCUGGUUUGGUUUGGUAGAACCAAACUUCUGGUUCUACACUCACAAAUCACAAGUUUUGCAAGAAACAUGAUAUUAGACUGCAGCAAUAUAGAAAAAGAUGGUUCCGUUUUCCCAACUCAAGUCCAAGAAGUUCAUUCAAAAGGAUUCAGAAUGCAGCAUGUUUGUAAUCAGUGUUUGGUUGUACGAGAUCGUUGAUAGUGAAAGAAUGGAAAAAUGUAAAAUCACAAUGAGAAAUAGGAUGGGUAACAUAUCUUCCAUUUGAAAUCAGAAACGAUUCCCAUGCUCUUAUUAUUACUUUUCCUGUUAUG